UUGAGAUCUCGCGAUUCCGGUCCCGUGCUUGUUCGCCAUGGAUGAACUGAAGGCGUUGCUCAAUUCCCAAGCGGACGCUGUGGAGAAGCUCGCCGGAGAGCUCCGUGCGGGGCUCCGACCUGCUAUUGAUAACUUCAUCGGCUUCUUUCAUGCCGUUGAUUGGAAGGAGCCUUGGUUGAUGUGUUUGUUUGUGUUCCAAUUCGCUUUGUUACUGACUGCGAUUUUGACGAGGAGAAAUGAUAAAGCUCAGUUCUCACUAUCCAUUCUGGCUUUUUGUGGCAUAUAUUUCGCCGAGAGACUAAACAAUUUUCUGAGAGAGAACUGGAGGAGCUUUUCGAAGCAAAAUUACUUUGAUCCUCACGGUUUAUUUUUAUCUGUUUUCUGGUCUGGCCCACUUCUUUUGAUAUCAAUGUUAGUAGUGAUCAAUACUCUCUAUACAUUGUGUCGGCUUAUCGUUAAAUGGAAAAGGGCGGAGCUCAGACACCGAGCAAAACUUGUUGAAAGCAAGCUGGAUUGAUGUUGCCAGAAUUGGGGAUUGAUGUUGCCGGAAUUGGGAAUAUUUGGAUUCAGGGAAGCUCUGGUUGUUUUUUUAGUUGGAUUCGGGGAUUAGUGAAAGUUCUAUAUGAAGUUUCCAUAGUUUUUGAUAUACCA